AAGGGCGUGAACAGUGAGCAGCAAAGAUGGGGAUUUCACUCUUCCUUUGGGCUCUAGUGGCAGUAAUCGUAAGAAAUUCUGAAGGGGCUGGAACUCCAGUGCCGGUUGAUAUUGAGCGUCACUGGACUGGGGGAUUUAAUGGAAAGUUCUGUGUGCCAGUAGUAAAGGAAUUGUCAUCAUGGAAAGCAGAUUUGAUAUUUGACCAGAAGAUCAAUUCCUUGCAGGUAUGGACAGCAGAACUUACUGAAAGUAAACCAGGAGGUAAAGAGUUCGUACUGACGAAUAAAGCAUGGAAUGCUGUUGAACACGUUGGGGAUCAAAUCUGUGUAGAAUUUCAAGGUCAUGGUGAUGGUGAUAUUUCACCUAAAGCUACAGUAACAAUCGAAGGCAUGGUUGUUACUCUUCCACCAACAUUUGGUCCUGAUUACACUGGAACCACACCGUCCAGACAAACAUAUAAACCACAACCUACCUUUGCCUCGACUCCAGAUCAGGUGACACCACCACCAGGAGGAUUUGAAAUUAAAGCUACAGCUCCAAUGCAGGUAUUUAAUGAUUGGCCAGAACGACACCGUGUAGAAGGCGAAUUCCACUUUGACGGUCCAUUUAACGGUUGGGAAGUCAAAAUCACAUUUGGUUCAGAAGUUAGAGCCAUGGAGGUUGCAUUUGGAGAUGUUGUAAGUUACAGUAAAGAUGGUACUGAAUGGAUUAUUGUUAAUAAGAUGGACAAAGGUUUGUGGCAUAGUGGCGAAACACUGAAGAUGCGAUUCUUUGCUAACUAUGUCGGUGUUAAUAAAGCACCAACUGCAACUGCUGUCUUGAAAGAUAUGGGAAAAGUUGUCGUGGAAAAGCUACCACCUAUAGUCGAUGCCAAAUCGCAGUGCACUAAAUACAACUACGAUGAUGUUAUCAGAAAAUCUAUCAUGUUCUACGAGGCUCAAAGAUCUGGAAAAUUACCCAAAAAUAACAGAAUAAAAUGGAGAGGAGAUUCUGGUUUAAAAGAUGGUAGUGAUGUUGGUGUUGAUUUGACUGGUGGAUGGUAUGAUGCCGGUGAUCAUGUUAAAUUUGGAUUUCCUAUGGCCUAUUCCACUGCUAUCUUAGCCUGGGGUUUGAUAGAAUGGAAAGAAGCUUACGUUGAAAGUAAACAAUUGGACUACAUGUAUGACUGUAUCAAGUGGCCCCUUGAUUAUUUCCUUAAAGCUCACGUCAGUAAAUAUGAAUUAUACGUACAGGUUGGCAGUGGUGGUUCUGAUCACGGUUUCUGGGGCAGGCCAGAAGAGAUGAAGAUGGCCAGACCUUCAUAUAAAAUUGAUGCAAGUCAUCCUGGAAGUGAUGUAGCAGGAGAAACUUGUGCUGCUUUUGCUGCAGGAUAUUUGGCAUUUAAGGAUAAAGAUCCUAAAUAUGCUGCUCAAUUGAAACAACAUGCUAUAGAUUUAUAUGAUUUUGGUAUGAAGUAUAAAGGACGAUAUACCGAUACAAUUUCUGCUGCUUCAGGCUACUACAAGUCCGGAAAUAUGACAGAUGAACUCUGUUGGUCAUCACUGUGGAUGUACCAGAUAACUAACGAUGCUAAAUAUCUAACAGAAGCCGAGAAAUGGUUCCAACCGGGCGCAGCUUGGGGAAUGUCAUGGGACGAUACACAAGCAGUUAACCAGGUUUUAUUGUAUAAAUUUACUAAGAAAGAUAUUUAUAAACAAGCUGUUGAAGAAACAUUUAAAUAUUGGAUGCCUGGUGGAACAAUAAAAUAUACACCAAAAGGAUUGGCCUGGAGAUUACAAUGGGGUUCUCUUAGAUAUUCAUCCAACAUGGCAAUGGUAGCUUUAAUGGCUGCUGAAGCCGGAAUUAAUCCAGAGAAAUAUAGAGCCUGGGCUAUGUCACAGAUUCAUUAUGCUUUAGGUGAUACAGGUUUUAGUUACGUCAUUGGUUUUGGUGAUAAAUAUCCGUUAAGACCCCAUCACAGAUCAGCAUCAUGUCCAUGGCCACCUGCACCAUGUUCACCAAACGUUGUCCAUAGACCUGAAGCUAGUGUCCAUACCCUGUUUGGGGCUUUAGUUGGAGGUCCUGAUGCCGGUGAUCAAUAUAAAGACACUAGAGGGAAUUAUAUUAAUAAUGAAGUAGCUACUGAUUAUAAUGCUGCUUUCCAAGGAGCCGUAGCGGCUUUGAGAUCACUAGUCACAAGGAAACUUCACCCAGAACAGAAAGCAGGAACGGCAAAAUGCUGAAUCACUCCAGGGUGUGUUUUGUUGUUAUAUUAUAUAAUAAUUAUAUAAGACGAUGAAAUAAAUAAUAAAA